ACUAGUUAGUGAGCAGCUAAGUGCCAGUUGCUGUUCUAGGUUCCGGGGAUGCAGCUGUGCAAGAGACGGGGCGUGGGCCCCGCCCGCAGGGAGCUUUCAGCUUAAUGGGAAAGUCACCUAUUAAGCAAAUCUAAGCAUUUAACUCCACCUGCUUGUAACUCUGUAGCUGCAACCUAUCGCUUCCCGUGCCCUUCCCUGAGGGGGAGCCCAGGUGAUGGCAGCCAUAGCCCUGAAAAACCAGCACCAGGAGGUGGUGACCUUUGAGGAUGUGGCUGUGUACUUCACCCGGACAGAAUGGGCUGGUCUUUCUCCUGUACAGAGGGCCCUGUACAGAAGUGUGAUGCUGGAGAAUUAUGGAAACUUGACUACCCUGGGUUACUCGGUUCCCAAACCUGCCCUCAUCUCACUUCUGGAGGAAGGGGAUUUAUCUUGGGGCCUGGUGGUGCAGGAUGAUCCCCCUGCAGAGAGGACCAAAGACGUCUGUAAAGAUACCGAGACCACCACUGACAAUGAGUCCACACCAACACAAAGAAUAUCCAAAGAAAGAAACAUAGUGAUGUCAUAUGGGCUGCCGAAGAGUGUCUCUCAGAGAACCAACUUCCCAGAAACAUAUGAAAUGAAGAAGCACCAGGAAAUCUCCGCAGUGAAGAAUUUUAAAGGAAAGGUUUCAAGAAUUCACUAUGCAAGGAAACCCUUCAGAUGUGAGGAGUGUGGGAAAUGCUUUACCUAUUUUUCUUACUACGUUAGACACCAGAGAAUUCACACUGGGGAGAAACCCUUUGAGUGUAAUGAGUGUGGAAAAGCCUUUAAUGGCAAUUCUUCAUUAAUCCGACAUCAGAGGAUCCACACUGGAGAGAAACCGUAUCAGUGUGAGGAGUGUGGGAGAGCCUUUAAUGACAAUGCAAAUCUGAUCAGGCAUCAGAGAAUCCACAGUGGGGACAGACCCUAUCACUGUAUGGAUUGUGGAAAUAGUUUCACCAGUAGUUCCGAGUUUGUUAUACACCAGAGAAUACACACUGGGGAGAAACCCUAUGAGUGUAAUGAGUGUGGAAAAGCUUUUGUUGGUAAUUCACCGCUGAUUCGCCAUCAGAAAAUCCACACUGGAGAGAAACCCUAUGAGUGUAAUGAAUGUGGCAAAAGUUUCGGAAGGACUUCCCAUCUUAGCCAACAUCAACGCAUUCACACAGGGGAAAAGCCUUAUUCUUGUAAAGUAUGCGGACAAGCCUUCAAUUUUUAUACAAAACUAACUCGGCACCAGAGGAUUCACAGUGAGAAGAAACCCUUUGACUGUGUAGAUUGUGGAAAAGCCUUCAGUGCUCAGGAACAGUUAAAAAGGCAUCUGAGAAUUCAUACUCAGGAAUCUUCCUAUCCAUGUGAUGAGUGUGGAAAAGUCUUCACUGGCAAAAGAAAUCUUCUUCAGCAUCAAAGAAUCCAUACUGGAAAGAAACUCUAUGAUUGUAACAAGUAUGAAAAAACCUUUAGGACUUCUUCCCAGCCAGGUCAUCGUGAGCAUGUCCACUCUGGAGAGAAGUCUGUGCUGGACAUUUGUCAUUUUGGCCUCCCAGAAUUUUUUACCCCCUUUUACUGGUAACAGUGCAUGCACUUUCCUUUUGGAUUCCAUUUUCCAUUCGGGAGUGGAAUGUGUGACACAGGCCUGGCUCAGCUGCACAUUCCUUUCCUCAGGACCAAGUUACUGGUUCAGAUGUCAGUAGGUGGUCCACUAUGGUCCAGUGAGAGUGUAUUAUUCCGUUUGUGUUGCUGUAACAGAAAUACCUAAGACUGGGUAAUUUAUAAAGAACAGAGGUUUAUUUGGCUUACAAUUCUGGGACAGUUGCAUCUGGCAUUGGCCUCAGGAUGCUUCUACUCAUAGCAGAAAGCGGCAAGCAGCCAGUCGGUACAGGCAGACCACAUGGCGAGGAAGCGAGAGAGGAGGUGCCAGGGUCUUUUUAAACAAUCAGCUCUUGCGGGAACUAAUAGAGGGAGAACUCACUCAUUAAUCCCCCCACCUAGGGAGAGCACUAAUCCAUUCAUGAGGGAUCUGCCGAAGCUCCAGUGGCGCAAUUGGUUAGCGCGCGGUACUUAUAUGAGGGAUCUGCCCCCAUAACUCAAACUGCCACGCUGGGGAUCAGAUUUCCACAUGAGUUUUGGGGGGACAACACAUCCAAACUCAGAGAGUUUCAGGAUGUGGCAAGAGCUAGUAGGAAGAAAAAUGUGGGUACUUCAAAAAUUUAAUGGAAAGAUUUAUAUUAGCUUUCAGGUCUAUUUUUCCACGAACUUUUUGAAGUUCCCUUGUACUUUUUUCAUUGGUUUUAAAGCUGAGAGUAGCUCUGGAUUCUUGUGGAGUCUGAGAAUAAAGUUAACACAGCAGAAUAGAUAUCUUAGUGUUGUAGAGCAUUGAAGAUAUUGUUUGAGCAACUGAAUAACUCCAGAUGGACCAUAGCUGAAGCUGGAAUACAUGUAGGUUUUUAAAUUCUAGUAACCAGUAAAUUCCACUUUUUCUUUCGUGCUUAGGCAAGUUUGAGUUAGGUUUUCUUUCCUUGGAACAGAAUUUUUAUUUAUACAGACCUUUAUCAGUGUAACAGUUAUUUGAAAAGUCUAGGGCCGGCCCGUGGCUCACUCAGGAGAGUGUGGUGCUGAUAACACCAGGGCCGCGGGUUUGGAUCCUAUAUAGGGAUGGCCGGUUCGCUCACUGGCUGAGCAUGGUGCUGACAACACCAAGCCAAGGGUUAAGAUCCCCUUACCGGUCAUCUUUAGAGAAAAGAAAAAAAAAAGUCUUCAGGGAUAACAUAUUUGAUGAUGGAGAAAUAUUUUGUCUGUAUGAUAUAUGGGAAAGACUUUAGCUAUAGGCCUGACAGUCCCCAAACCCCAUGAUUGUGAUGAGAUUGGCCUGUGCAGCAUUACAAUGGGUUUUCCAGUCUACACAGCACCAGUGGACAGAAGUUCAAACAACUUAAGCUCUGUAGUAAAAAUUUUGAUGUUACUAUAAAUCUAUGUCUGCAUCAGUGAAUCCAUUCUCAAGAGAAGUCAACUAUGAAACAAAGUUUUCACUCUUAAAGCUUUCAUUUUCUGUUUACUCAGUUAUUUUUUUGUUUUGGCAUUUUUUUGCGGGG